ACCUCACUCCUUGAAUCUCACCCGUUCAAAACACCAACCUUCCCAAACAAAAUGGCUGCUCCCGCAAAGUUCGCUGACAUCUCCAAGGCCGCCAAGGACCUCUUCUCCAAGAACUACAACUUUGGCGACACCAAGCUCGAAGUCAAGACUGCCUCGACCACCGGCACUGAGUUCACUGCCACCCUCAACAAGGUCAGCAAGACUGGCGCCAUCGCCGGCAACCUCGAGACCAAGUGGAAGUAUGCCCCCCAGAACAUCACCAUCACCGAGAAGUGGAACACCCAGAACCAGAUCAGCCUCGAGGUCACCUCCGAGGACAAGAUCGCCAAGGGCCUGAAGGUCGGCUUUGAGGCUGGCAUCUCGCCCAGCUCUGGCAACAAGUCUGCCAAGGUCUCGACUGCCAUCAAGCAGGAGCGCUUCCACAUCACCGCCGACCUCGACGUCCUCGCUGGCCCCGUCGUCAACACCUCGGCCGUUUUCACCCACAAGGGCUUCCUUGUCGGCUACGACGCUGCCUACAACGUCAACGCGUCCGCCCUCACCAAGAGCAACCUUGCUGCCGGCUACGCCGCCAAGGACUUCACUGUCGUCUCGGUCCUCGACGGUGCCCGCGUCGCCACCUCCCUCUUCCACACUGUCAACCCCGCCGUCCUCGCCGCCGUCCAGUUCUCGUGGAACCGAAACACCAACGAGACCACUGUCGAGCUCGGUGGCCAGUACUCUGUUGACAAGAACACCUUCUUCAAGGGCAAGGUCGACGGCCGUGGCAACCUCGGCCUCUCCUUCACCCAGAGCCUCCGCCCCGGCGUCAAGGCCACCCUCUCUGCCCAGAUCGACGGCAACAACCUCAACACUGACGCCCACAAGCUCGGCUUCCACCUCCUCCUUGAGGCUUAAAUCAAUGGCCGAUUUCACUGUGCAUGUCUGUCCCCUCCCGCCUUUUGCGUACAUUUUGUUGCAUGUCUUGGGAAAUUUGAGUUGUCGAGUUGUUUUUUGGCAUGUAGCAUGAUGCCCGGUUCUCCCUGCUCUACUGUACUUGCAUUUUCUUUGGUUUCUGCCAACCCUAUGUAUCUGCAAUAUAUUUUUUUCUUCUCUCC